AUGGGCCCAGCGUGGGGCACCUCUCCAAACCCGGUCCGCUGCCAAAUUCCUACAGUGACGCUCCACAAUCAGUCCCACACAGGCCCCGUCCAGCGCCAGGCGCGGGGGAGAGGGGGGGCAUGGAACACGCUCAACUCCGAACUGAACAGUGCGACUCGACUGAGAUAUUUCAGGAUGUGGACAGCAGUGCAAGGGAUCGGGGCUUUACAGCAGCCGUGCGCGCAACUGAUGGCCUGGUGCACGGCGUAUCGCUGGCUACAAGAUAAGCGAGCUGCGCGCAGGAGAGAUUUAUUGGCUGGUCAGCCUCUCACGCGCCUCACGCACAGUGACACAGGCUGUUCUGCGGUCUGCCGCUGUCACCAACGUGGCAUUUGUUCGGGAUAA